CACACGGCCAUCUCCGGAGUCCCCCGUUCGCCUCCCCCUUAUUCUUCACCUCGGUUACUCCAACGUCCUACGAAAGAGACACUACUACUAUAGUCCCCUCCGACACGCUUCACCAUUCAGCAUGGCCACCGACUCCGCUACUCCUUCUCCGGCCGCCCCUGCCGUGACGACCCCCAAGGUCCCCAGGCCAGACGAAGAGGCGUACCAGAAGACGCUGGCAAAGCUCCAGAAGGAGCACGACGAGGCGCUCGCUCGUUACGUAAGUGCAGCGCAUGGAUGACGGGCAGUCCCGGCCAUUGCUCCCCUCAUCAAUCAAUCAGGCUCCGCGAUCGAUUGGGCCGAGACUGACCCGGGUUGUUACCGCUUCUG